CUUCUCUUCGUUGUGUUGUCUGUAUAGCCACUAAACCGAAAAAGGAAACGGAACCCCGCAUCAACACCGAAAACACAACAAACACGAAUACGACAACAACGACAACAACACCAUCAAAAAUUGGAAAAAUGGUCAGAAUGGUCAAGCAAUCUCACGGAGGUAACUCCACGAGUGACGCCCUGCUGCAAUACUACCGAGACCGAUGCAAAGACCCCAACAACCCGUUCGUCAGGGGUGAUUCUUUUCUCUUGCACACGGCGGUUGAAAAUGGCCACGAGCAGAUUGUGGCUUUCAUGCUCGACAAGGGAUUAAGCCCAGAAUGUGAGAAAGAAUGGACUGGUCGGACGGUUAUUUAUCACGCAGCAAAGCGCGGGCAAGAGUCGAUGGUCCGGCUUUUGCUGGAUAAAGGAGCCAACGCCGAUCCCCAGGAAGUCUGGGACGGCUCGACUGUAUUGCCAGUGGCAGCAGAGAAAGGCCAUUUGGGAAUUGUGACGAUGCUGCUGGAUCAUGGAGUCGAUACUGAUUGUGCUACUGCAUAUCACCACACGCCAUUAUAUGGAGCGGUACAGACAAACCAGGAAGCUGUGGUGGAACUUCUAUUACAACGUGGCGCAGACUUCCACUAUGUGUGCGGCAAUCCAAUCGAUGAACCUCGCAAUUCACCCCUGACGCUGGCCGUGGAGCUAGGCCGUGACCAUAUGGUGCAGCUGUUUCUCAAACAAGAAAAUGAAUUCGGAGCAUCCCCAUUUAUCGAGGCAAUACGCGACUUUGAAACAAUAGCCAUGAUCCCCCGUCUAGUCGAGCUAGGCUUUGAUCCGAACAAAGAGGAUCCCGAGGGCGACAGCGCACUAUCAGAAGCAGCAAAGCGGAGGCAAAUCGACUUUAUCGAAUUACUACUCAAAUAUCUGACGCCAGAAGCCAAGGCUCGCCAUGCGUAUAGAGGAAUAAGCGAUAUCAUGAGUACCACUUCCGCCUGUAUUUGCGAAGAAGACGAGCCCACCGUCAAAUAUCUUCUCGAUAACUGCGUCGAGCUCGAAUACAAAAAUCCCGAAGACGGAGCAACACUGUUAUGCAAUGCAGUAUGGUCGCGCAAGGUAGAAGUGGCCAAGGCACUGCUGGACAGAGGCGCCAACGCAGACACCCAGGAUAUCAAGGGCCGCACCCCGAUAUCCAUCCUUGCAGAACGCGAACAUGAAGAAAUGAUGCACCUGCUUCUGACUGAUGGGUUCAAGAAUGGGUUGAAAAUCGACACCCCCGAUAAGUAUGGCCGCACGCCCCUAUUCCUCGCCUCACUGAACGGCAAAGAAAAUAUUGUCAAGAUCCUACUCGAUCACGGCAGUACCAGCCAAAAUGCCCGCACUAGUGCAAAUAGAACAGCAGUAUCAGUUGCCCGUGAGCAGAAAAACCCUCAACUCCUGCAAUUACUCGGCGAGAAGCUGGAUGAAAACAUCCCAUUAAGCGAGAUAAAGUCACCGUCAACGACACCAGAACUAUACGGAUAUGUCUGGUGCGAUAAUUGCAACUCAUGGAUACCUCGCUGGGACCAUCUUUUCUGUUGCAAAAUAUGCGACGAAGGAGAUUAUAACAUUUGCCAUGAAUGCUUGGCAAGUCGUGCGUUUUGUCUGGAUAAAUCGCAUCCUCUUUAUAAACAGUGUCUAAUCGACGGCCAGUGGACCGAUAUUGGAGUAAUUCAACAAUCGCGAUAGUUGGCGUACUAUAAUAUUGUAUUGUAUAGCAGAAAUAUUAUUUGAUGGCCAUUGCAGGCUAGGCUAUAUCAACCCCGA